AUGCUUGCGGCAAAAGUUCUUCCUGAGAAGAUCCUUAAACUGACCUUGUCACAUGUCCUUCUUGCUCUGGAUUUUCUCCAUACGGAAGCAGGCAUCGUUCAUACCGAUAUCCAAGAAAAGAAUAUCAUGCUUGGUAUUGAAGACAACUCAAUAUUGGCUGAUUUCGAGGAGGGCGAGAAAUCUCAUCCUAGCCCCCGUAAGAUUGUUGGAGAGCGAGUUAUUUAUUCCUCGCGCAAACUAGGAAGAACUAAAAAUCAUGGUCGACCUGUGUUAUGUGACUUUGGUCAGGCUCGCGUUGGCUCGAGCACAUACUGUGGGGACAUUCAACCGUACAUAUAUCGGGCUCCCGAAGUGGUCUUGCGCAUGCCUUGGGACGAGAAAGUUGACAUUUGGAAUCUGGGCGUCUUGACGUGGGACCUUUUCCAAAAAGGACAUCUUUUCUAUGCCCGAGAUUCCGACAAGCAGAAUUCCGACGCCCAUCACCUUGCAGAGAUGAUUGCCAUCCUUGGGCCGCCACCGACUGAUCUGCUUCGAAACAGCGACUACGCCAAGGAAUUCUUUGACAAUGAAGCAAAAAUUGUUUCUUGGGUUUAUGCGCAAGAUGCUUCGAUGGCGGCCGGAGGAGAGAGAAUCGGCGAAAGAGCUUUUGUCAGACCCUUGGUUGAGGUCACCAUAGUGGAAACGGACUGCUUCGGUAUCGUAUACUGUGGAGACUCAGGGCCGGGUGGGUUUGCUUCGAGCUAUCUUCUCUGCCAACAGCCUGACGCCGGCACACGUCCAACUAUUGUGUACGGAUGGCUUAACCAGUGCCCUAUUCAACCUCUAAAUUCGGAUCGAGGCCCGGGUGGAUGA